UGAGCUCUGCGCCCCCAGUCCCUCAGUGAGCUCUGCCUCCAGGCAUAUUAUCGCAAAUCUUGUCAUCCUGCUGGAUGUGCUGUGAUGGCCGCCAAGAGCUCAGAGUGUUGCAGUCCCUGUCAGUUGUUUAUUUGUCUUAUCUGACAUUUAUAGUUUUGCUGUGUGUUACGCUGACAGGCUGUAGGAAGUGAACAGAGAAGACUGAGGGGAUUUGAUCCAUCCAGUGUUCUCAGAAGCCACUUAAACUACCAGUAAGUCUUUGGACUGUGGGAGGAAAUCAGAGCACCUGGAGAAAACCCACAUGACCACAGAGAGAACAUGCGAACUCCACACAGACAGCACCCCAGGGUCCUGUGGCCCCAGUGCUGUGCUGUCUUGCCACCUUUGGGUCUGAUCCAAGAGCUCAGAAUGCUCGAUGACCCUGGCAGAGCCAGCCCAGCUGGUCUCUUCAGAGCGAACUGUGAAACACAGACCAGAGGACACCAGUGGAAACUAAAUACAAGUUCUUUUAGUUUAGCUCUUGAAACAUCCCAGCCAUGUCAUUGACGAUAAAACCCCCGGCUUCUUCCAGGAAAUGUCUGGAUUAGAUCUUUGGAUUAGUUAGCAGCUAUCAAACAGGCCAGAUGGACCAACAGCCAGCUCUUGUGUGUAUGAGAUUCUUACAUGUUAUCACAUGCACAGUGAUACCGAUUCACUGCUAGUUGCUUUCUCUGUCUGAUCUAAGCGUACAAAGUGAUAGAGGCUGAUUAAUUAUAUGUUUAUUUUGUUUGUAUCCAUGUAUGUGGUAUAAUCUUGUAUUGAAAGUCAUUUUGGGAAUGGUGUGUCUUUCUUGACUUUGACAAAAUGGAGGACAAGCUGGUGAAGCUCUUGCAUUUUCGGAAGAGAUCUUAAUUUGCAGGUGUCAAUGUACCAUGGCUGUGGUAUUAGUUUUCAAAGGUUAAACAUAUUUAAAAUAUGAGGGAACGUGUUUUAAGUUGCUAAGCAGCAAGUGUUCUGGAUAGAUGUGUUAAACUAAGUUAACACAGCUGUUGCAAAUCAAAAGGUUGGCAUUUUGGAGUAUUUUUUGUGCUCUGAAAAUAUAAACAUUGCAGAGUCUACUUACCAGUCCCGUUUAUUACACAGGCUUUGGGUUCUCUGCUUUAUUUCUGUUGGCUUUUAUUUAGAAGUGAAUGACAGCUGAAGGGUUAGACAUUAGUUCCAAGGAACUGCGCCAGCCCCUCGUUCCCUCAGCACAGCCCUCGGCUUCUCUUGAGCUGCGCUGCUAGUCAGGACAAACGCCACCGAGCUGCUCUGUGUUUCUUCGCCAUCGAGACAUUUUUACACACAGUUGUGCUGCCAGGAGAGGAUUCCAGCAGCUGUGCCUCUUUUGACCAGAUUUCCAAGAUAACCUUUUUUUUUUUUGUUUUCACAGCAUGAUAUCAAUAUAUGGUUUGCAUCUCGGGUGAAAGUUCAGGCAUCAUCCGUCUGCAUCCUGCAGGGCUUGACAGUACAAGCAGCACCUUUCCCGUCGCUGGCAGCUGGAGUAGCUGGAUACAGAUUGGCCAGACGGGUGAAUAGUCAUGUGGAUGUAGCCUGUUUCAUUAAAAUGUGUGUGCCGCCCCCCCGCGCCCCACCACGGCCCUCACCUGCGUACUGCGGUGCUUCCCCUGCGAGCCGUCCUGGGCCGGCAGCCCCUUCCCGCACCGCCCCCCCACCCCGCCCAUGGUCAGGAUGACGCGCUCCAAGACCUUCCAGGCCUACCUGCCCAGCUGCCACCGGACCUACAGCUGUGUCCACUGCCGCGCCCACCUGGCCAACCACGACGAGCUCAUCUCCAAGCAAGUACAGCUGUAUCGUCCUUGGAAGAUGUUCGCAGAUGUCCGAGGAGAUAUGGGACCACGUAGCCAACGACAGUCUUUUCAAGGAAGCCAGGGCCGGGCCUAUCUCUUCAACUCUGUGGUGAACGUGGGCUGUGGGCCGGCGGAGGAGAGGGUGCUGCUGACAGGCCUGCACGCUGUGGCUGACAUCUACUGCGAGAACUGCAAGACCACGCUGGGCUGGAAAUACGAGCAUGCCUUCGAGAGCAGCCAGAAGUACAAGGAGGGCAAGUUCAUCAUCGAGCUGGCGCACAUGAUCAAGGACAACGGCUGGGACUGAGCGCCGCGCUCCGGCGGCAGGGAGGGGGUGAAGCGUCUGGUUUCGGGGCCCUGCCCUGCUCACGGGAGGAGAAGAGCACCGGCUGGAGCCCCAGGGAGCCCCUGCUGCACCCGUCUCCUGUGGCCCUCUGCCGCGGGUGCAAGCACCCCCUUCUCUCUCCUCCUCGCCGCACCACAGGGGUCAAGGGUCAAGGCGUGCGCCUCCACAGGGGGGGGGGCGGAGAGAGGGGGGGCACAGGGGCAGCUGUAAGUGGGCGUUACAGGUCACCCUCCAGUCGUCCGUUUGGAACAGUAGACAUGGAGCCAUUUCAGUUCAGCCUUUUCCAAAUUUCACUCUCCGUUUCAGCCUGACCCAAAGCUGGCCGAGUUAACAUGGUACUUACUGAUUGACACUGGGGUCUGUACUCAGCUGUGUAAAAACUGAUGAUCUGAGGGUGACCUGUAGGAACUGAUCAGUUGUCUCUCUGCAGAACCAGGCCUGGUCUCUCCUCUCUUUAAUAACACUCACGUCCCCAACAUGGAGGCAGACGAUUCAGAGCUCCAGACAGGUGCCUGCUGGGAAGGUUAAGAUUGAAGCAUCCAGGAUAAAGCAGGAUAUUGUUGUCGGUGAGUUUUAGGAAUGUGUGUAAACGUUGUUCUGAGUCAAGUGUCUUCAGAUCUUCACCCUUCUGACCUCUUUUCCCUGAAUUGCUGAUUUUUCAGCACUUACUUGGACCCUCGUGGACCCUUUCCCCUUUCUUUACCAUUUCAGUGAUGAGAUGUAUCCACUGCCAGUUCAAUGGCGUUAUUAUCUAAAGCAGAUUCACUGUGCAGCAGCUAAAGCAAAGCCUGCAGUCAGUUGUCACUGAUCUCUCAUGGACAGAAGACCGGUUUGGUCUGCUGUUUGCUGUUUGUCUUUCCCACUGACUGUCCAUGAGGAGUGUGUCUUCAGCUCUCUUUAGGACGAUGUGUCGGAUUUGCCAGGUAGGUGUUUUCAGAGAGUCCCUGCAUGCGGAGAAGAUUCCAGGCCAGGUCUGUACUCCCAGCCGAGCAGUUCUGCCGGUGUGUGUCCACCGUUUGUGUCGGCUGCUUCCGCUGGGGAGAGCCAAGUCCCUCUGUUCCACCCCCGCAUGGGUGAGUUUGGGCCCACAGAUCAGUUACAAUCAAAUAUAAAAGUUCUGGUCCCCUGUCCGAACACACUCUUGUGCUCCUGCUGCCUCAGUGUGGUUCAGCAUCUUUAAACAUUGCUGGUGCCAGGGCAGCAGUCUUUAAUGUUCUUGGUUUAUUUCAUUUUAAUCAUGAAACCGCUGAAGGACUUUAAAGGUUUUUUUUUUCAGCUCAGAAAAUUUAACUUGGGCAGAAAACACUGUGGCCUUUGAUGACUGGAGUCGGAUUCCCCAAGCUGAGUUACCUGUGUUAUUCCAAGAGCAAGUACAAACAUGAGAAUUUCUUUGAUAAAGAGUAGUAGUUCAUAGUGUAAACACUUGGCUGGUAAGUGACUGCAGUGUUUUGCCUCUCUUGUGUUGUUACACUGCCUCCUUGCAGUCUGUAAACUCCAGUGGCUCUAAAGGGAAGAAAUUCCUAAUCCUUCUCAUUUGUGAUUGGAACCCCUGGAAACCAAGACAACUGACUGACAGGGGAAUUAACCAGUUGAAAAACCCAGCAGAACCAAAGAUCCUGCCUACACAUCUUUGAUUGGCUGACCAGAAAAAAUACAACUGAUUCUGCUUGUGCAUAUUAAGGACUAUGAUUGGCUGAAAGCUGCUUUUGGUGGAUAGCCCCUUCUCUGUGAUUGGCUGAAAGCCGCUCUUAGUGGAUAGCCCUUUCUCUGUGAGAUAAUGCAUUGUCCGCUAUUGUAAACUACAGAUGUUAAUAUAUAUAUAUUCACUCUGAAUGUGAACAUUAUAAUAUAUUACACAAUGUAAAUAGUCAUAUUUAAUGUGUUUUUUUUAGUUAUUCUGUAGUAUACGCUGUGCUUUCUGUCUUGAGCCCCUCAGGGGGUGAACUGUGUAUUUGCUACUUUUUUACAAAUCGGAAAUGUUUUAAUUUUGUGUCUUUUGUAAAAGACGCAGAGGUGAUGACAGUGUUAUUGGAACCUCAUCAAUAAAGACUCUCAUCAUAUCAAAGCCC